AUGGGAAAAACGCCAAAAUGGGAACAACGCCAAAAUGGGAACAACGCCAAAAUGGGAACAACGCCAAAAUGGGAACAACGCCAAAAUGGGAACAACGCCAAAAUGGGAACAACGCCAAAAUGGGAAAAACGCCAAAAUGGGAAAAACGCCAAAAUGGGAAAAACGCCAAAAUGGGAAAAACGCCAAAAUGGGAAAAACGCCAAAAUGGGAAAAACGCCAAAAUGGGAAAAACGCCAAAAUGGGAAAAACGCCAAAAUGGGAAAAACGCCAAAAUGGGAAAAACGCCAAAAUGGGAAAAACGCCAAAAUGGGAAAAACGCCAAAAUGGGAAAAACGCCAAAAUGGGAAAAACGCCAAAAUGGGAAAAACGCCAAAAUGGGAAAAACGCCAAAAUGGGAAAAACGCCAAAAUGGGAAAAACGCCAAAAUGGGAAAAACGCCAAAAUGGGAAAAACGCAAAAAUGGGAAAAACGCCAAAAUGGGAAAAACGCAAAAAUGGGAAAAACGCAAAAAUGGGAAAAACGCAAAAAUGGGAAAAACGCAAAAAUGGGAAAAACGCAAAAAUGGGAAAAACGCAAAAAUGGGAAAAACGCAAAAAUGGGAAAAACGCAAAAAUGGGAAAAACGCAAAAAUGGGAAAAACGCAAAAAUGGGAAAAACGCAAAAAUGGGAAAAACGCAAAAAUGGGAAAAACGCAAAAAUGGGAAAAACGCAAAAAUGGGAAAAACGCAAAAAUGGGAAAAACGCAAAAAUGGGAAAAACGCAAAUAUGGGAAAAACGCAAAUAUGGGAAAAACGCAAAUAUGGGAAAAACGCAAAUAUGGGAAAAACGCAAAUAUGGGAAAAACGCAAAUAUGGGAAAAACGCAAAUAUGGGAAAAACGCAAAUAUGGGAAAAACGCAAAUAUGGGAAAAACGCAAAUAUGGGAAAAACGCAAAUAUGGGAAAAACGCAAAUAUGGGAAAAACGCAAAUAUGGGAAAAACGCAAAUAUGGGAAAAACGCAAAAGUGGGAAAAACGCAAAAGUGGGAAAAACGCAAAAGUGGGAAAAACGCAAAAGUGGGAAAAACGCAAAAGUGGGAAAAACGCAAAUAUGGGAAAAACGCAAAUAUGGGAAAAACGCAAAUAUGGGAAAAACGCAAAUAUGGGAAAAACGCAAAUAUGGGAAAAACGCAAAUAUGGGAAAAACGCAAAUAUGGGAAAAACGCAAAUAUGGGAAAAACGCAAAUAUGGGAAAAACGCAAAUAUGGGAAAAACGCAAAUAUGGGAAAAACGCAAAUAUGGGAAAAACGCAAAUAUGGGAAAAACGCAAAUAUGGGAAAAACGCAAAUAUGGGAAAAACGCAAAUAUGGGAAAAACGCAAAUAUGAGGAAAACGCAUAUAUGGGAAAACAUAUGAAAUCUAUAAAACGCAUUAGCGGGAAAACGAAAAUGUGGUAA